AUGGGAAGCCGUCGGGACCAGAAGAUCUCGCGCUCAAUCGUCUUUGCUAUCCAACAAGACGACGAGGCAGAGAAGCGGGUCAGACUGUGGCGUCCUAUCAAGACCUUCUUCGCUCUCUACGGCCUGCUCUUGAUCAGACUUCGCCCCGAGUUGUUCAAGAGGCUCAGAAAUAGGACAUGGCUUCUGUCCGAUGAUGAGUAUCGGGCUAGCUUCAAGGACAAGGCCUCGCUCGUGUCCAAGGGUGACAUGGGUUAUUCGGGAUCGGUAUGUGCAAAGUCUUCUUCCAUCUUGAAAUGUAAAUUACUAAACAAGGACGUCUUGCAGACAUUCUUCAAUACAACAGACAACAGAUUCCUCAUCAAAUCCAUCCCUCGUCACUUCGAGCACACCUUCUUCCGAGACGAACUGCUCGAGCCAUAUGUGUCACACAUGGAGUCCUACCCCAAGUCGCUCCUCGUCCGCAUCACCGACUUCCUUGGAUGGCGUUACCCGAGCAUCGGAGGCCUCCUUAGGAUCACCCCAACUUACCAUCUCGUCAUGGAGAACCUGUUGCACGGCCAAAAGGAAGAUUCCAAGUGGCAGACCUUUGAUCUGAAGCCAAUGUCGUAUUUCUUCCCGGAGCGUGACAUUGCUGGCGGCAAACUCGCCUCGGAGGCCACCAAGUCCAAACUCGCCGACAAAUUCGACGACAAAAUCCUCCUCAGUCGCGAACAGGCCGAUGAAUUCUUCCAACUCCUCGAAACCGACACGGAACUCCUGGCGAAACACAACGCGGUCGACUACAGCCUGAUGCUGGUGAGGAUCCCCAAGUCGUCGGUGGAGAUCGACGCGAGCCAGAACCCUUUCAACGACCCGCCGAACUGGCGGACGGGCGUGCCCAGCCAGGACGACAAGUGGCUGUUCCGCGCGGUGAUUCUCGACUUUUUCUGGGCCAGGCACAAAGUCCACGCGAAGACCAUGACGAUGCUCAUCAACGCGUGGAGGAUGAUUGACGACAAGGGCCCCAUGAGCAUCACCACCACGGCGCCCGAGUACCGCGAGAGGUUCUUGAAGAUGUGCAGAGAAAUCGUCAGGGUGCAGGAGGAAGUGGCAGAAUAG